AUGAAUCCAGCAUUCUCCAACAUUUUAAAGAGAGGCAUUCUAGUUAACUCUGCAACCUCUGUUGCAUUCAGAGGUGUUGUCAACAGACCUGCCACAUCCAGAUUGUUCUGCACUGCAACAAAGAAUCCAUCAGAUAUUGCUUCCAGACAUCAGGACUUUAGCAUUAUUUUGAAAUCAGCUAAUGCAACUAAGCUUCGUCAGAGACUUAGCCUUGAUCCACGUACAAAGAUCCCAUACGAUGAGUUCAAGGCAUUGUGUGUCAGUGCUGGAUUCCAGGAGUCAGAGGUUGAGCGUCUAUCCUCCGCCUUGACCGAGUCUGGAAACAUCCUCCAUCUCCCCACCUCCACCGCACCAACCCUCUCUGGCUCCGUCUUUAUCAAGCCAAACCACGUCUAUCAAUCAUUGUAUCACAUCCUAGAUAUUGAAAACAAGGGUGUUGGUCUUGAGAGACUGAUCGAGAUCAAGAACAAUGAGAUAAAGGUUAUUGAGGAUAGUUUGAGACCACUCGAGGCAAUCAAGCUUACAAUCGAUGGCAAGGCAAUGAGAGGUGCCCAUCGCGUCAUUUGGGGAGGUCUCGGAUACCUUGUGUUGCAAGGUGUUUUCCUUGGAAGAUUGACCUGGUGGGAACUGUCAUGGGAUAUUGUAGAGCCAAUCACAUACUUUGUAUCGUUUGGAACUGUACUCCUUGGAUACACUUACUUCUCGAUCACAAAGACAGAGUACACUUUUGAGGCGCUGAGGAACCAUCUGUUCAAGGGCAAGCAGGCCAAGUUGUUCAAGAGACAGAGCUUCCCAAUCGAGGAGUACAACAGACUCCAUGCUCUGUUGGCCAAGAGACAACAGGAGCUCGCUCAGCUCACAGAAAUAUCCUCAUACUCACUCAACACUAUCGACUAUCCAUUUGAUGUCCAGGCCACCAACACCACCGCCAGCGUUCAAACAGCCGAGUCUCAGCCAAAGGCUUAA